CGAAGCAACAUUCGUGGUUUUUGAGUCACUUGCAAUUCUUCAUCUACUAAAUUUACAACUAGUAUUGUGUGUAUUGCGAAAUAGAUUCGAAGUGUAAUCAAAUCGUCUUCCUCUAACCCACGUUCCAUUGAUUCGAAUGAAACUAAUUAGAUAACUAAGUGUCAAUAUGGAAGUGAUUUUUGAUUGUUUUUUCGAAGAGACUUUCUUACGACUAGAACGCAGUGGAUUGAAAACCAAACAAAAACGUAAAGAUGUCAUCGAUCAUUUGACAGCGAUUAUUUUGGGCACAUCAAAAGGUCAAAAUGUAACUGCAACUGAGACAUGUACAUUGGCUGUCAUUUCGGCCAUUAAUUAUCAUCAGAGGAAAAAGUGCGAGAACAAUAAUGUAUGUUUAAUGGGAAAGUUUCAUAAUGUGCUGUACAUUGGUUUAAAAAUAGCCUGGGACUGGGGUGUCACCGAUUCAGAUGUGGUGAAAACACUUUUAUAUGAAAUUUUUCAAUGCGAACAGAAUUUUGAGCGUUUAUUUCUUGGUGCUAUAUUCGGUUCAAAUGCGCCAUACUUCAUAGCCGGAUGGAGGAGCGAUUUUUUAGAUCAGGAUGAAAAUAUUCGAGCGCUGGUUUUUUAUUUGGAACAUGCAAAAAAUGCUCGGCUGGAGUUUCCGGUCUAUCUAAAUAAAUACGAGGGAACCAAAGUUCUCAGGUUCAUCGAUGUGCCAAUAGAAAGUUGCGGCAAAGCAAGCCCGAUGCGUGUUGCACUUCAAGCAUCCUCACCUGAUUUGCUAUUAACUUUACUUCGAUAUGGUGCCAAUUCAAAUCCGAAGGACGGCGGAAUGAUGCCAAUCAUUGCGAUAUUGGAUAAGUUGGUUGAAGCGCCAUCUACACAAAUACAUGUCGAAACAUGUUUGAAAAUUCUACUGAAAACUGUGCCCGCAAUUGAAAUGCCAUACAAGCCAUUCACAUUUGAGCAUCGAAAGGGGAUCUUUAUUGAAAAGUACGAGAUUUUAUUUGAAAGAGGUUGCAUUAAACAACAACAAGUAUUCGGUGUAAUGGACUUAAAACAUUUGUGCAGACACAGAUACACAUCAUGCUUAAUCCACUGGAUGAACUACAUAGUAUGUAGUAUUAUGUACGAUUCGAGAGAAUUUGCGAACCAAUUAUCAAUUGCCAUCUGGAAUUAAUAUGUUAAAAGUGCCAAAAAGUUUAAAAUGUUACAUCGAUUUAAUGGAUUAACAAGCAAUGUGGUCCAAUUAUACAAGUUUGUGCGGUCGUUUUGUUGUUCGAAAAAUGGAAAAUACUUUACACCAGACACCACAACGCUUCAAAUCUAUAUAAAGGACAUGGAAGAACGAAGUUACGGAAUACGAAGAGAGGAGAAAAUAUUAUCGGUUGGGUCGCAGCUUGAACGAAAAUAUUCCUGCAGAGAGUAUCUCUUUACACACUAAUGAAAAUAGAACCAAGAAUAUUCUAUCAUAGAAAUAUAUAUAUACAUUUUACC